CGUUCGUUAAAAAUUGAGACUUUAUCUGAGUCAACGUUAUUUCCAUUUCUACUUCCAUAAAUGUAAGACGUGGACAUGUUGUAACCUUCUCUUCAUUUUUCCCACUACAUUGAUAAGAACGAUGUCACCCUCUGUCUUCACACUGAUCUGCUCUUUUGUGUUGUUUUCUGUCCUCUGUGGCCAUAUCAACACCCAAAACACCGACUGCGAAUGCGUACCCUACUACCUCUGCGACAACGGUACCAUCAACACCAACGGAGAGAACGUCAUCGACAUCAGAAUCCGAGAAGACGACUGCACGUACCUCGAAAUCUGCUGCCAAGCCAAAGACGUCCUGGAGGAACCCUCAAUUCGAGCCCCUGACAUCCCCAAAAAAAAGGCCUGUGGGUACAGAAACCCAGAUGGAGUCGGGUACCGCAUCAGCGGUGAUUUCGACAACGAAGCGCAGUUCGGGGAAUUCCCGUGGGUCACCGCCAUCCUACACAAAGGCCCAAACGAUGUCAAGCACGCCUACAAGUGCGGCGGUACUCUGAUCCACCCCCAGGUGGUACUCACCACCGCCCAUUGCAUCGCCAACGGGAACAGUUUCGUGGUUCGCGUCGGCGAGUGGGAUACCAAGACAACCCAGGAGUUUUUGAAGCACCAGGAGAGGAAGGUGGUUUCUGCGGUACUACACCGGGACUACAAACCCAGGUUGUUGCACAACGACAUGGCGUUGCUGUUUCUGGAGUCCCCGGUUAACCUCACCGAGCACAUUAAUGUAGCGUGUUUGCCCCCGAAGGACAGCGUGGUUCUUUCUAGUGAAUGUUUCGUGAGUGGGUGGGGUAAAGACAAGUUUGAGAGCGACGGGGUUUAUCAGAAUAUUUUGAAGAAGAUUGAGUUGCCGGUGGUGGAGAGGGGGAAAUGUCAGAGGGACUUUAGGAAGACGAGGUUGGGGAGGCAUUUUGCGCUGCAUAGGAGUUUUAUGUGUGCUGGGGGGCAGGAGGGGAAGGAUGCGUGUACUGGAGAUGGGGGGGCACCGCUGGUGUGUCCGAUACCGGAUCAGGAGGAUAGGUAUCAGGUGGUUGGGAUGGUGGCGUGGGGGAUUGGAUGCGGUACUGAAGGAGUACCAGGGGCUUAUGCGGAUGUGGCGUACCUUAGGAAUUGGGUGGAUGAGCAGAUGAACAAGAGGAAAUAUGGGGUGGAUUCGUAUCGGUUUUAGUUUUUUGAGGCUAUGUAUUAUAAUAGGUUUGAAUAAAGAAGAUUAAUAUAAAUUGUGUAUAUUGGUAUAUGUAAUUAAUAUUAUCAGAUCACCGGAAAUUCCGCGAAAUUAAACAUUUAGUAUCUCUCAGCUGAGUGAACUUUCCUAUUGAUAACCAUCUAUUAUUAGAAUAUUAAUUUGUACUUUCUGAAAUAAACUUUCAAAAUAG